GUCUGGCCCAAGCACGUUUUGGAAGAAUGUUCUUAGCUCGUCCUAAUGAAGCAAUUCGUCUCGUUCGUGUUCUUGCUCGUCGUGUCCGCAGACCCUCCGUGUACUGGCAAAUGGGUGUCAGAUUGUGAAGAUGCGGACCUUGCAACAUGCUCACAGCACUACGCAGACCAACUUGGCAUUGUGCAAUGCGGAGUUACCAGCACAGCACAGUGCCUUGCAAUAGGCAGCUUGUGCACAGCGCCUCAGACAACCACAACCACAAGUACAACGACCACGACUUUGGCGUGUCACUUGACGCGAAAUCCUGCCAAAGUCUGGCGCUCUCAAGGUGACUUCCUGGUGUUUCACACUCGAGAUUCAACUCGGAAAGUCACAGACUUCUGGCAGCACAUGCUGAUGGACGACAUGACCUGGGAGGUUUGGUUUAACACCAAUGCUGCCUCGCAUUUGUCAGGCGACACUCCCAUUCUUGGUGCGGCUACGGGUAUGGCGACCUAUGAGUCUCAAACACGCCGGCGCACGCAUCGGCGGCGGCACGCAGGCGUUCAUAUCAAGCCCGACGGCACCACCUUGGUCAAGGCCCACGUCUUGGACUCCUUGGUGCAGCAAAGCCAUGACAAGAACAUCAGCGAUGGGCAGUGGCACCAUGUGGCCUUGGUCUUUGCCAAGAGCAGCGCCAGCUUGCAGUACUACUUGGAUGGCAGCCUGGCGGCCAAAGUCGCAUACGCCCCAGGAGAUGACAACGUGGCCAUGGACGGGCAAGUUCUUUUGGGUGGCCGAGCUGACCACCUGCUGUCCUGCAAGGUGUCGAGGUUUGCUCUGUGGACCCGUGCCUUCUCCCAUUCCGAGAUCCGCAGGAUGGCGAGCACCUGCGAUGUUUCCACCGACCAGGAGCGCGCUGCGGCGCUCUACACUCUGGAUGACUCUUUCGAGGAGUGCGCGCUGUCGCAGAGUUUGCAGCCUUCGAAGCCCCAACUGAACUUCGAGAGCUGCGGGUCUGAUUGCCAAGUCUGCGACAUCUCUCCCAUCCACGUCCUGAUGAAGGGUCCGUCAUUGCCCUCGAAGGUUUGGAAGAGCGACGGCACGGAGUACCUGGUGCUCCCCACAAUGUCCGGCAACAAAAAGACCAGCUUGUGGGAGAAGCUGUCGAAGGGGGAUAUGACCUGGGAGAUGAUGUACCAAGGUGAUGCGAAGACGGAUGCGUAUGCGCAGGUUAUGUCCACCAGAGGGUACGACAGCGCAGGCGGGUCUCGCCGAAGAUGGGUGGGAGUGGAGCUUACAGACGAUGGACAGCAUCUCCGUGCACACAGCAGCUUGCACCACUCGAGGGUCGACAGUCAAGUCAACGUGAAUGACGGACGCUGGCAUCAUCUUGCCUUAGUCUUGAGCCAAUCGCAGAAGUAUCUUGAGCUUUAUGUGGACGGAGAGCGUCAAGGAAGAGCAGACUAUCCGGUUACGGACAGCGAUGACCCCUCCUCCGUGACUGGGGGGAUCGAGUUCUGCAGGUCCUUCGCCUGCAACGUGUCGCGCCUGGGGAUCUGGAGCCGCGCCCUGCAGCAUGGGGAGCUGGCGCGGGUGACGUCCUCCAGCUGCGCGGAGGAUGACACGAACCUGGAGGUCUACUACCAGCUGGAUGGGGAUUUCGCAGACCUGCGUCGGCAAGGUCCCACCAUGGCCCAGACAGGCAGCUUCGUGGCACCAGGAGGUCGCUUUGUGAUGGACUGGGCGUUGAAGAAGGGGCGGCUGCUGACUUGUGAAUCCGCUUGCCCCCCGAUGCAGACUGGGCCCCUGUGUGCGGGUCCGGGUGAUGUGACCAUUGAGUACUUGGUGGUCGCUGGCGGGGGUGGUGGAGGCCACGGGGGUGGAGGUGGCGGUGGCUUGGUGAAGGGCUUCAUGGUCCUGCCGAAGAAUAGCUCGUGGGGCAUCUCCGUGGGCAAAGGAGGUGGAGGUGGCAGCGGCGGCUCAGGUCCUGGCCGGGACUUCAGCCGGCCCGCCUUGGACGGGGGGAGCUCCCAGCUGGGCCCCGUGAGGGCCUUUGGCGGCGGCCAUGGCGCGGACAGCACCCGGACCCCGGGCAGCGGCGGCAGCGGCGGCGGGGGCAGCUACGACAUGCCAGCGGGGCCCAUCGGGCGAUGCGUCAAAGGCCAAGGCCACGACGGGGGCAGAGCCACCCUGAAUUACUAUGGCGCAGGAGGCGGCGGUGGAGGUGCAGGAGAACCAGGAAAAGAAGGUUCCCCCUCCUGGCACUAUGGUGGUAGUGGCGGAGAUGGGAUUCUUUGCGACCUGACCUUUCAGUCGUCCUGGUAUUCCGGUGGCGGAGGCAGCGGAGUCAAUCGAAACUCCAACGACUUCCAUUACCGUGGCGGAUAUGGGGGCAAGGGCGGCGGUGGCAGCGGCAGCCAUUUUGGCGCCGCUGGGGGGCGGCGCCGCGACAGCUGGGCCACCUUUUAUGGCACAAAUGGCGAGGCCAACACCGGCGGUGGCGGAGGUGGAACAGAUCCAGAAGGUCAGAAGGGAGGGAGCGGAGGCUCCGGCAUUGUGGUCAUCCGCUAUCCAAGUCCCAGGCCUUUGCUCAUGGGCGGCACGCCCAGUUUUCACCAGGGAUUUCAGAUCCACACCUUCACCGCAGGCAAGAGCACUCUCUCCUUCCCGCAGGAAGGGCACCUCUACUUGGAAUACUUGGUGGUGGCGGGCGGGGGCGGCGCUGGCACCGGUGGUGGCGGAGCUGGCGGCGUGCUGAAGGGUUCCGAAUGGAUGCCGCCAGGCGUCGUGUGGCCUGUGAAGGUGGGCGCCGGCGGGCAGAGUGGCACGGGCGGCACCGGCAAGGGCUAUGUCCCCGACCAGCCCGCCAAGAACGGCGAGGACUCCCAGCUGGGCACCCUGGUCGCCCUUGGCGGAGGCCAUGGGGCGGAUUCUGACCGGAAGCCCGGUGAGGGUGGAAGUGGGGGCGGGGGGACCUUCGACAGGCCAAAUGAGCCCCCUGGGAACAACACCGCUGGCCAGGGACACACAGGUGGUCUGGCCACACACACCUGGCAUGGGUCAGGAGGUGGAGGUGGAGGCCGGGCUUUAUAAAAUGAAGGAUAUGCGGCGCAUUUAGGCUUGGGCGCUUUGGCUUUCCCUACAAUGCCUGGAAAAGCCGGCAAGGCUGGCGGGCGGUACUGGGGGGGUGAUGGAGGUGAUGGCGUUUCCAGCGACAUCACUGGCGCUGUUACGUGGUAUGGAGGUGGUGGAGGAUCUGGUGUGAAUGCCAACGACCACAGAUACACCUACGGCGCGGGCAAGGGCGGGAUGGGAGGAGGUGGCAGGGGCAGUAACUUUGGGUGUCACACGUGGGGCAAUGAGAGGUUCACGGGCAGCGAUGGAAGGGAGAACACCGGAGGUGGGGGCGGCGGCACAGAUCCUGAAGGCACGGUCGCCGGCAAAGGUGGCUCAGGCAUCGUGGUGGUCCGGUACCGGAACCCCACGCCUCUGAUCUUCGGCGGGGCCCCAACGUUUUCCAAUGGCUACACCAUCCAUUGGUUUACCACAGUGGGCGCCAGCGCGCUGGAGUUCCCCACCCCAGGGACGGAGACCUUGACCCUGGAGUAUUUGGUGGUGGGCGGGGGCGGCGGCGCC